AAACCCCAAUACACAAAGCUCAACCCGGAAGCAGUUGUAUAUCCAGAUAUCCACAAGCAAGAACAGCUUCACGGUCGCGUUGUGGCAAUUUAAAACGCAAAAUUCUGGGACGUAUCCCCUGUUUUAAACCUACAAGGGGCAUCUGGAAGCCUUUGACACCAUGGCCUCUCUCCUGUUGAAGCACGUGGCUACCUCUCUGACCCGCCAAAUGGCCAAGAUGAGCCGGUUAAAUGGGGCCGCCUCCUCUCCAGCAGCUAGUGCCUACAGAUGUCUCAGCACCCUCACCGCAGUUCCCCGCACACUACUCCGCUCAUCAACCAGAAUCGGCUCCAUCCAGCCCCCCUUGUCUGGCUCCUCUUCUCAGUGCGGACCAUCUCUGUUGGGACAGUGUCAGCAUCUUCCCUGCAUCCAGCCCUCUGCGGGGAUGAAAACCAAGUCUGCCCUGAAGAGGCGCUGCAAAGACUGUUUCAUUGUUCGACGGAGGGGCCGUUUGUUUGUGUUCUGCAAGACCAAUCCGAGACACAAGCAGAGGCAGGGCUAAAAUGUUGAAGGAGUAAUGAGAAGUUUGCUUUGAGAUUUAGAAUUUAGGAAUUUAGAAGAACUGUGAAGCAGAAAUAAAUUGUUUGGAUGAAGAAUGUGCAUAGCA